UUUUGAAUUAGGAGAUAGCGCGAAAUAAUUUUGCUUCCUUGAACAGUUUGCAAACCGGCUUGCACACUCUCGUAAUAUCUUGAUCAUCUUGACCUCGACAGUACACAAUGAGCAACGAAAAGGUAUCUGAAGAGGCUCCUGUCAGUCCAGAAAUUCACUUCGAACCGCUCGUCAGCCUUCCUAAGGUUGAUGUCAAAUCACUUGAGGAAGACGAAGAGGCCCUCCUGAAACUUCGCGCCAAACUGUACCGAUUUGAAACAAGCGGUGAAGAAAACGAAUGGAAAGAAAGAGGUGUCGGUGAGGUGAAGAUCUUGAAACAUGGCGAUAAGGGAACACACAGAAUCCUCAUGAGAAGAGACAAGACGUUUAAAAUCUGUGCAAAUCAUUACAUCACAAAAGGCAUGGAACUUAAAACAAAUUGUGGUAGCGACAGAGCGUGGGUUUGGACUGCGCUGGACUUUGCCGAUGAGGAAAUGAAAACUGAAACACUGGCUAUUAGAUUUGCCAAUGCAGAAAAUGCUAAGAAAUUCAAAGACACAUUUAUCAAGUGCCAAGGAGAGUUGCCAACAGACGAGACAACAGAUGAACAAGAGAGCAACAAGCUUGCGAAAGAACUUGAAGGUCUUAAAGUCAAGGAAAGUAAUGAUGAAGAAGACAAAGAAAACAAGUCAGAAAAUAAAGACAAUGAAACUGCUAGUAAGAGUAGUGAAACAGAAGAAAGUGAAACUACAAAAGAAGAUAAAUCAGUGGAAAGCGAGGAUACACCAGAAAAAUAGAGUGUUAGUAGUAUUGUAGAACAGAUAACAUUGUAUGUGUAUCGCAAGUAUGUCAUUUUAGGCUGAAAUGAGUUAUUCAAGAGUAAGUACUUUGCUCUGCUUUCCAGAGCUUUGGCAAAAAGGCCUUCUUUGGACAUUAUAUACGACCAGUAGUUGACCUUAUUCACUAAUGCUGCAAAACAGUUACAGUUAAUUGUAUGCAAUCUAGACAGUCUAACUGACGUUAAGGCAUUUUAAACCCUCUACUGACAACCUUUUUGUGUCUGCUUGUACAUAAUACACUUAUUUGGACUUACAGCUACUUGUGCAGUGUUGAUUAGUGACACUGUUUAUUUCAGUCUGCAACUGAAAAGUGUUAAGUGACUCACAGCUCAGUUUAGCUAAUCUUCAUGGCCAAUAUUUUAUUAUGAUUGCCUUGAAUCAAGAUUUCAGUUUGCACCAUUCAUGAGUAAGGUCUCUUUGCAGCAACCAUAUUAACAGCUCUUGCAGGUUGAGUAGCUUCACAAUCUCAUUCCAACUUGAUGGAUGUUCGCUGUUAUGAAACAAACUAUGAGGCAAGGCUAACUUCAGAAACUUUCACUGCUCUCAAGAUAUCAAUGUUUAUAAGAAAAUCAGAAUCAAUGGCUGAGUUUUACACCCAUAUACACUGUACAGUAUUGUACUGUAGUCAAUAUUGUUUUGUAAUUUAAGUGGUGCACUUUGGGUGUAUCUGGGUAGCACUCAUUUUGGCCAACAACUAAUUCACCAGUUUUCCAUAUUUACUUUUAGUUGUAAUUUUUUUUUGAUGUCAUCAAAUUUUAAAAUUCGUAAAUUCCUGAUCCAGCUGCAAAGCUGUCUUUUGUAUAUUUUAGGACUACAUUAUUAUAUAUGCCAACAGUAUUACUCAGUAUGUACCAUUUCGAUAGUUUAAAAACAUUAUUUUUUUUUGGAAUUUCCAAGGUCAAGGAUGUCAUUUUUUGGAUUUAAUACCAACAUGAUAUUAUUAAUAAGAAAGCUAAUAAUAUUUAUGGCAAACUUUAUUUAAUUUCACGUUAUUUUCCUAGUGUUGUACACCAAUUUGGUAUUUGCACAUACUAUAUAGCGUACAUGUAGUUUAAGUUGACAUUUCCUUAAAACAAUCUCUCUCAUUAAGUUUUGAAAGUACCAAAGAUUUAAAAUUUGUACAGAAUAUUUUUCUCUUUGUUAGAACUUCAAAUGCAUUUUAGAAUUUGAUGACAUCACAACAAAGUAAGGUACAUUCAUUGUUACCAAGUGUCAUUCUCAAAACAUGUCCUUGUAACAUUUUGCUAACUUGAUUUCUAGCUUUUCAGAACUCGAAGAAAGUAUUUUUCUUUAAUUAAAAUGCCUUUGUGUAGAUAGUUCGCACUUUCCUCGAAAACUAGAUACCUUUCUUUCCUCUCAGAUUAAAUUUUGAUUGCCCCCCUUUGUACAACUGAAUUUUAGUUCUCUUUUUCAUUUCUUUUCAUGUCUAUUGUGCUUCAGAGUAUAACUCUGUUGUUUCCGAGAGUAGUUGUUGGUUUUGUUUUAGGGACAUAAGUAAUUUUGGGUUUGAGUUGAUUUCAAAUACCAGUAUUAUUGCUCUCCAGUAGUUUGAUUUUUAGCUAUUAUAUGAUUAAGUGUAUACUUUUAAAGAUGUUGCUAAAAUUUAUGAAGCUGAAUAGCGAUAUUUAAUUUAAUAUGCAAAAUAAAAUUAGCACCUUAACUUGUUGGCAAGUACUUGGUAGAAAAUUCAAACAACAAUAUUUUGCUCUUCUCUGCCUCCUCGGCCUGCGAACACAGACGUAUUUUCUAUCCUUCAAACGCAGACUUAUUUCUGGCUGCUGUUGGAAAUACUGUCCCCUUGGCUUUUGAAAAGUCGGAAACCUUCGAAAUUAUUUUAUGCUAAGUCUGGGAUCAGGUUUACAAAUUUUUUUUGACAUGUACAGUUAUAAGCCUGCAAAUGAAGUGAGGCUGUGUUUUGUUAAGAAAACAUUAAAUAAUGAGAGAUCUGGCAGAUGUUUCUCUUGGGAAUGUGUCACAGGGUAGUCACUAAUGGUGACAACCUUGACCAGAAUAUGCAUCUGAAUUCUAAAAAUAACAAAGUUUGAUGGAGAAUGCACUACAAAGAAACAAUUGCCAUACUCUUGAAAGACCAGGUUUCUUGAGUAAAUAGCACCUGAUUAACUUUCUGUCUGGGUUUGGGGACUGAGCAGUUGCUGUCGUGUUCUUGGGCAGGCCACUGUUUUGAGGGCCAACACAAUGCUGGGCCCAGAGGGUAACCCUCCGAUGGACCAGUAUCCAUCCAACAUGGAGUAGAAAUACUCUUAGUUGUCUCAAGUUACAAAAACAAAGCGGUUUAAGCACCAACCCAAUGUACCACUUCGCUUCAAUACUUUCUUCACCUACAUUGGAAAUUCUGAAAUAUUGAAAACUUCAAAAACUAAUCUUUCCAUAUGUACACCCCACUACAGAAGAGUAUUUUAAAACUGUUAAAAGUAGUAGUAAGCAAUUGAAACCUCAAAACGUCUGCACACAAAAUUAAAAUUAUGUGGAGUGGGAUCCUUUCAACCCAAUACCUACUGCUUUGUUCCUAACUAACUUAAGUUGACAAGAAAAUACACUUUUUUUUUUACAAAUUAUUUUAUUUUAAGCUCGCUUCCUUGCUUAUUUUGUCAGCUUGUGUGAACCCAGUCAAACCUUAGAACUGAUUCCAGGGGGCAAAGGGACUCAUAUGAAAAGAACAGGGAACUCAUCACAAGCAGUUUUGGUACCUCUUAGGGUGCUCAGCCUCAAAAGGUCCACAGUGGGAGCUUUUGCAGUACCUUUUAGGGUAUUGAGCCAGAAAAAAAUAUGACAGGAGAUACACUGUAAUGUGUUGUUCUGGAAUUGGUACCUCGAAGGGGUGAAAAACAUUUCAAGCCACGCCCUCAAAGCAGGAUCUUGGUAUCCCUUAGGGGUUCUUUCAAAAUUUCCAAUGAGCACCCUCAUCCUUUUCAUAUGGGGUCCCCCCGAGAACUGAUUGCAGAACAACAUACUAGUAUGGUUGAAACACAGGUUCAUGAUUCUUCAUCAUGCACUACAGACACUGAAGGGUCAGCUU